GUUCCGCAAGAGGCGGGAUGUUUCCCAUCGGAUUGUAAUUUAUGUAACCUCAUCCGGCGGUUCAAAAGUUAGCCUAACGCUAACAUCUGUAGUUUUUUAGUUUUUAGUUUGUUUACGAGUCUGUCGCGAUGCCCUCUGAAAGUCUACGAUGGGAAACUUUGCAGGCCUUAAAGAAUUCACCGAAGGCAAACAUCACGUACGACCCGUACUGGUCUGAAAGGGGAGAGGAUAUUUUGGCAGGUUGUAAAGAGGCCCUCAGCUUGUCCUCGCACUCCGGAGUCAUAUUAGAGCGGCUCAGUUCGUCGCCCCUGCAGAAGUCCUGCUUUCUGGCCUCCGGCUCUGGAGACUGCAGCCCCGGUCUCUCUGAGGAGAUCUUGGGCUCCAUUUCCUCCACAGGAUCCGUCCCUGACAUCAAUGGCAAGCACAGCACGCUUUCUGCUGCCCUACCUUUAAGGACAGUGAGUGAGCAGGCUUUUAGUGAGGAGGCAAAAGAUGACGAUCCAGAGGCAGAUGUCAGUGAAAUUUCCAGUGCAUCACUCCCCGCGAUUUCGCUGUUGUCGCCCAAAGCCAUGGAGACGGCGGGCCGCAUUAUCAAAUUUGAGGAGGAACAACGAGAAAAGGCCAAGUUGGCGCUCAAACUGCGGCAGGAGAUGCAGGAGAAGCUGGUGGCGGCGGUGGCGAGCUCUGAGUCGGAGCAGCUGAAACGCUUCGAGGAGUUCAUGGAGCUGAAACAGAGGCAGGAGUACCAGACCAUGAGGGACAUGAUGGACAGAGAAACUAAAGAGAGCAUUGGGCGUCAAGAGAAGCUGAAGGAAGAGCAGCGACACAGAAUGAAGAUCCUCAACCUGCGGCUGAGAGAGGCGGAACAGCAGCGCCUGCGGGAGGCGGAGCUCGAGCGGCAGCGGCAGGCAGAGGGCAGGGAAAGAUUACGUAACCUUAACACCAUCCAAGAGGAGAUUCUGCAGCUCAACCAGCUGCUGGACCCGUCCACCCAGACCAAAAGUGAUCUCCCGCUGGCCAGCCUCAACUCCCUUAGCACCCGUGGGAACCAGCUGUGCUCCCAGGUGUCAGAGGUGGUGCGAAAGACAGCAGAGGGAGAGUUUCCCACCGUGGACGACAUGACCGCGGCCGAGCGAGCCCUCCACGAGAUGAGGGCACUGAUUAGGCUGAUGCAGGAGGAGGUCGCCAAGGCUCAAGAGAAGAAGAAGAAGAAGGAGCAGGAGCAGCAAGAGGAACACAGGAAGCAGGUGGAGCUGCAGGCACAGCAGGAGGCGCAGAAGAAGGCGGCGCAGACGGCCAAAGAGAAGGCACAGAAAAAAGGGCUGCAGAACAGCGCCGAAGACAGCAUGCUGAAGUGGUACAAGGAGCUGCAGGAGACGGCUGCUCGGUGCUCUCAGUCAUUCGAACAACUGAACUCCCCAAAAGAUGCCCAGACAAAGAAGCUGAAGCUGGAGCUCCAGAAAGCAGCCACAAUCCCCGUCAGCCAAAUCUCCAGCAACUGUGGAUCGCAGCUCCGAGAAAUCUUCGACAAGAUCGACAAGCUGCUGUCGGGACGAGCGGUGGUGUCCGGGGGAAAGUCUGUCUCCACCUCACAGCAUCCACAGGGCCUGGACUUUGUGAGCUACAAACUGGCUGAGAAGUUUGUGAAACAAGGAGAGGAGGAGGUGGCGUCUCACCACGAAGCUGCUUUCCCCAUCGCCGUGGUGGCCUCUGGCAUCUGGGAGCUGCACCCCAGAGUGGGAGAGUUCAUCCUCGCCCACCUGCACAAGAAAUGUCCAUACGCAGUCCCACAUUACCCUCCGAUGAAGGAAGGCACACCUGUGGAGGACUAUCAGAGGAUUCUUGGUUACCGUGUGGAUGACUCUGGGGUUGAAGGUCAGGACAGUUUCCUGAAGAGGAUGUCGGGGAUGAUCCGUUUCUACGCUGCCGUCAUCCAGCUGCGGUGGCCCUACGGCUCCAAGCAGGGGGCUGCUCCUCACGGUCUGAACCACGGCUGGCGUUGGUUGGCUCAGAUGCUGAACAUGGAGCCUCUGGCAGACAUCACGGCUACUCUGCUGUUUGACUUUCUUGAGGUUUGUGGUAACGCGUUGAUGAAGCAGUAUCAGGGUCAGUUCUGGAAACUCAUCCUGCUCCUUAAAGACGAAUACUUCCAGAGAAUUGAAGCUGUGACCAGCACCGGGCAGAUGGGCUCAGUCAUCAGACUUAAGCAGUUUCUAGAGACGUCACUGCAGAGCCGGCAGAUCAGUCCGCCCAAAGGUCAACUGAGCUCCAACUUCUGGAGGUUGUGAUAGAGGACGAGCCGGGUUAUAUAUUGCUUCAUGACUCUGUUUAGAACUGGAUAAAUCAGAGAGGGAGGGAGGCAGUGUAAUGUGAUCGGAAAGAAGAUGAAUGUUGAACCGAGAAGUAAUGCAGCUCCCGUGGCUCAUGAACUUUGUGUCAGGUUCAUUUGCUGAACGUCUCGACGAACAUAUCAGGAACAGUUUGAACGGGCUGACAGCAAGUUAUUCAUCUCUGGCACUUCCUCAAAGCAUUGUCUUGCCAACGCAGCCGUCCUCUCAGCAUUGGUUCUCAUAGUUUUCUGCUACUUGCGGCUUUAGAAGAUGUUUACAUUUAUGUGCACAACAAAUUAAAUCCAACAAAAAGAGCCAAAUUGUUGAACGAGGACAUGCAAUGAUUAUGGAUUGUGUAAAUGUCUCCUUGCGUGCCUCAGACUAAAAUCUUUCUCCAGAGUUCAAAGAUCAUAAUGUGGAGCUGUUUUACUGUUAUUUUAUUGUAAUCCCUGUGGGAGAGAAAGCUCUUUAUUUUAUUUGUUCACCAUAGGAUAACUGCUGUUCGUGUUUUGAUAGUCGCUGUUCAAAUCCAAAUUGUAUAGACAGUUUGGAGUUGUUUGAACUUCGACGAUUUAUCUUUUUAUGAAUCCACCAUGUGGAUCAAAGCUCUGUUGUUUAAUAGUUGUGAAUGAAAUCAUCCUAAGAUUAGAAAUAAGAAGGGGUUUAACUGCAGAAGUGUAUUAGUCAGUAUUUCCAAAACACAAACGACUUGAUCUCCAUGUCGAGACAAGACGUCUGACUCUGCUGUGCUUUAGAGUGAAACUCUGUGCGCUUUUUGUUCCAGCUGUCAUUUUGAAGGAGCAGAGAUGUGUUCUGAAUAUAAUGUAGAUCAUAUUGUACUCUUCAUCUGUAUCUAUAAACCAAAUGUCUGAAAUAAAACCUCAUCAGCAGUUUA